GAGACACGGAUUGGGUCCUCUUGUGUGGUGGCAAGUGCAAGCCUGGGUACGUGGAGAAAUUUCUAUGGCGUAGUCUCAAGAGUCCUGUUAGAUGAAAAGGAGCGUGGACAUUUAGCAAAUCCUUAUGACCGAGACUGCACGUAUCAGUCAUUCAGCGCUAUGGUAACUCUUUAGUGUUGCUGGAGAAGGUUUAACAGGCUAUUGAGGAGUAUGAUUGGGUAAAGGAUGCAUAGUACAGAGCAAGAUUGAAGCUCCAGGUUGCUACAAUGAAGUUCAUGAAGUUGGGGUCAAAGCCGGAUAUCUUCACCGUCCGGGGCAAUAUUACUUCGGUUGUCUCAGAUCUGUCAAGUGACAUAACCUUUGAUGUCGAUGGCCACAAGUUUCAUCUUCACAAGUUUCCCUUGUUGGCGAAAUGGGGAUGCCUUAACAAAUUGAUUGCAUCAGCGCUGGAGUCAGCAAGUGAGGAGGUCCUCAUAUAUGACUUCCCAGGAGGAGUAGAAUGCUUCGAGAUGUGUGCCAAGUACUGCUACGGCAUCACCAUCACCUUGAGUCCCCACAACGUGGGUGAGGUGCGAUGUGGCGCAGAGUUUCUUCAGAUGACUGAAGCCACUGAGAAGAGCAACAUGAUAUACAAGCUUGAAGUCUUUUUGAAUUCAUCAAUACUGCGAGGCUGGAAGGAUGCUAUAAUAUGUCUUCGCAGCAGUAAACCCUACAUGCCAUGGUGCGAAGAUCUUAAGAUCAUGGGACGAUGCAUCGAGUCAAUCGCAUCGAAGACUUGCGUCAACCCUGCUGAGGUAACGUGGUCUUUUACAAACUCCAGACCACUCACAUCAUCCACUCCACGUCAGGCGUCUUGUACUGAGCGGAGCAGCAGCCACAGAAUGGCACCUGUGCCUGCGGAUUGGUGGGUUGAAGAUUUGAGUGAUUUGGACAUCGAUCUCUAUAAGAGAGUUAUUCUAGCAAUUAAAUCCAAAGGUGUAGCCCAAGAGCUGGUGGCUGAAUCCAUCAGAAUUUAUACGCUCAAGAAUAUACCAGAUGUAUUACAGGAGCCACAAACUCAAGACACUUCGAGUGAGGGACGUUCGUAUAAUUUCAUGGAGAUGACAGCGAAAGACAAGCAAGUGCUGGAAACGGUUGUCAGCCUCCUACCCUCGGAGAAAGGCACAUCCUCCUGUAUCUUCUUGCUAAGGUUGCUGAAGGCAGCCUCCUUCCUUGACGCAUCAUCUUCCACCAAACUGGAGCUUGCUAGGCGUGUUGGUCUGCAGCUGGAAGAAGCCUCCCUACAUGAUCUGAUGAUUCCUUCCGUGUCAUAUUCAAACGAUACGGUCUGUGAUAUUGAUUUAAUGAUACGAAUUAUGGAAUAUUACAUGAUGCAGUUUCAAGGUCCUCAGGAGCAUGAGAGAAGCGAUCUCCUAACUGGCAAUGUAGAGUUUGAUUUCAACGGCUCUGAGCACCGAAUGACAGCGGCUACUCAUAGUUCGCAACUGAAAGUAGCGAAGCUCGUAGACCGCUACCUUGCAGAGAUUGCACGGGAUGCGAAUAUGCCCCUUGCAAAGUUUAUCCAGCUUGCGGAGCUGGUGCCUGACUAUGCACGCCCUGUCCAUGAUGGUCUGUACCGCGCCAUUGACAUGUAUCUCAAGGAACAUCAACACAUGACAAAGAGUGAACGGAAAAAGAUUUGCCGAUUAAUGGACUGUAAGAAGUUAUCUAUGGACGCGUGCAUGCACGCAGCUCAGAAUGAUCGCCUUCCGUUGCGAGUUGUGGUUCAGGUCUUAUUCUUUGAGCAAGUCCGAACUGCUGUAAACGGGGGCCUCCUCCCAGACGACCAUCCGGGUAACAUCCAGCAGCCUGAGUAUGGCGAAGAGAUCAGUUUUCCAGAAGCUAACAAUGGCAACCACAGAGAGACCUCCACCGGGGAUGAGAACUGGGAAACGGUGCACCAAGACUUCACUGCCUUGAAGGGCGAUCUUGCUAGCAUCAAGAAGCGCAUUGCAGAAGCAGAGAGAGAGCGCGGUGGAAUGCAGCACGAUAACACCAGCAAGCAUAUGAAAGCCAAAGGGGUGUUGUCCACAUUCAAGCCUGAAAAGCUCUUCAAUAAGCUCUUUGCCACGAGGGGCUUCUCAAGCUCGGAGUCUUCUCGUGACUCUGUUAGCCCUGAAGUGACAACGGAGAAGAUAACAAUGAAACAGCAGCUUCGGCAUAGCAUUGCCUGACCUCAAAUGAUGGUGAGUAUAGAAUGAAUCCUACUUUGAGGAGCCUACUGUGUUAUGUGUACAUUAAACCUUUGUAUAUUUAGUGCAGUUAUGAAUGCUCGAUGUUUAGAUGGACUUGAUGAAUGAACAUAAUUUUGGAGAAAAGGAAGCCUCGGAAGAAUCACCUUGUGUCUCUGAAGAUGUUGCUACAUUUAGAGUAUAGGUGAAUAGGAGAAUAGGUGCAAUUUUACCAUCCGGAUACUGUACUGUUUCUCAUACUACAGACAACACUCGGAUCCUUGUACAUGCGAGGAGGGGAGGGAUGGGAGGUGGGGGCUUUCCCGCAUACUUUUUGUCAGAUAAACUAGGACCCUGUUGUCAUUUAUUCAUGUGACUGUUGUAUCAAUUAUUCAAGUUUCAUCUUGUGCUAUCAUUCAAA